UUUUUGAUUUUCAUUUUACUAUGAUAAAAUUAAAAAUGAAAAGUUUGAAUAUUGCUUUUAAGUGACAUUGGAUAAAUUUUGAUCUUGAAUAUUAAAAAUGCUACUUGGUUCUGGUUUAAGUUUACAAUGUCCACAUGCAAAUAAUGCAAUUGUUCCUAAAAUAGACGUAAACAAUUUUAAUAAGACAUUAUGUUGCUCUACUUGUGAUUACUCGGGUCCCAAUCUUUGGAUUUGUUUGCAAAGCAACUGUCUGCGGAUUGGUUGCUCUGAGAGAGCAAACGAUCACAGUACCGAACAUUUUAAGGUAAAUAAUAAACAUUGCUUACAUUUAAACCUUUCAUCACAGCGUACGUGGUGCUACAUGUGUGAACGUGAAAUAAUAUUCGAAGAGAAGUUAAAUCAUAAUAUUCAAUUCGAUGAAGCCAUGCCAACAUUAGAGUUUUCCCAGGAAAACGAGGAUACACCUGUACAAGCGAUGGGCCUUGUCGGGUUACAAAAUAUUGCUAAUACUUGUUAUAUGAAUUCUGCUUUGCAAGCUUUGAGUAAUGUGCAACCAAUGACAAAUUACUUUCUUAGUUGUAGUGAAUUAGGUGAAGGAUCGAUUGAAUUGGAUCCUUCUAGAAAUAAAGUAGGACUUGCUAAAAGUUACCAGAAGCUGAUGCAAGAUAUAUGGCGUAAGAGAGAUGAAAAAGACUUUAUUACGCCAAGAGAUAUUUUGCGCGGUAUACGUAGUGUGCAACCUAUGUUCCAUGGAUUUCAACAACACGACACACAAGAAUUUUUACGUUGCUUUAUGAAUCAAUUACAUGAAGAAUUAAAAGGUCAAAGUCCAUAUUUGCAACAUGUUUAUUUCAAAAGUGAUGACACUGAUAAAAAUCAACUCAAUUCUGAUUCGGAAGAUUGUUUAUCAUCGGUAUCUAGUUCAAGCUGCGAACAUUCUAUGUCUGAAACUGAUUAUGAAACAUGUGAAAGCAGUGUUUCCGAUAAUAUAUUACUUGAUUUAAAAUCAUGUGCAAAUAACUUGCGGAGGCGAAUACCAUACAAGAAAACUAAUUCUAACUUAAAAUGUAUAAAUGGUUCGCAGUCCCAUUCCACCCAUAGAUCAAUAAUUACAGACUUAUUUGAUGGGAAAUUACUUUCUUCUGUACAAUGCCUUACUUGCGAUCGAAUAUCGACAAGAGAAGAAACGUUCCAAGACCUAUCGCUGCCUAUACCUAAUAGAGAUCAUCUAAAUAUGCUACACCAAACUCAUAGUGUUAGUGCCCAGAGCAUUAAUUCUUUAGAUUCAACAGCAUCAACUACUAACAAUGGAUGGCUGUCAUGGAUAUGGAAAAUAAUACGAUCGUGGAUUUGGGGUCCAUCAGUAAAUUUACAUGACUGUAUGGCGAGUUUUUUUAGUGCCGAUGAAUUAAAAGGUGACAAUAUGUACAGCUGUGAAAAAUGUAAUAAAUUGCGCACUGGAAUUAAAUACUCUCAGAUUAUUGAGCUGCCAGAAGUCCUUUGUAUACAUCUUAAACGUUUUCGACAUGACUUGUUAUAUAGUUCUAAGAUUUCAUCUAAUGUAAUUUUUCCGCUGGAGGAGCUUGACAUGAGACCAUUCCUUCAUAAAAAUUGUUCCUCACAAAUUUCCCUCUAUAACUUAUCGUCAGUCAUUUGCCACCAUGGUACAGUAGGAAGUGGACAUUAUACCUGUUUUGCGCGUAAUGUUUUAACAGAUCGAUGGUACGAAUAUGACGAUCAUAAUGUUAUAGAAGUUCCUGCUAAUUAUGUACAAAAUUGUCAAGCAUAUGUUUUAUUUUAUCGUAAAUACAAUCCUCAUAUAAAGAUAAUAAGAGAAAGAGCAAUUGAACUAUCUGAUACUAAUCCAGACCUUUCAGCUGAUAUCCGUUUUUAUAUAGCACGUGAAUGGUUGAUCAGAUUUCAAACGUUUGCUGAGCCAGGUCCAAUUAACAAUUGGGAUAUGCUGUGCCCUCAUGGUGGUCUUAUUUAUUCAAAAUUUGUUUUAUUGAAUCAAAUUGCUGUCCCAGUUUCUCAACCUCUGUGGGACUAUUUAUAUAGUAUAUUUGGUGGUGGUCCAGUAAUUAAUAUGAUUUUUGAGUGUGAGGUGUGCAAACGAGCUAUAGAAGCUUUGGAACGUCGUCAAAAUUAUGAGCUACUAGUUUUUACAAAGUACAAAGAAUUUGAUAAGAAUUUUGGUGAAAAUGCAAUAUAUGCAAUAUCAAUGCCUUGGCUUCGUAAAUGGCAACACUUUUCGCGUGGGCUAACGCAUAAAACGCCAGGUCCUAUCAUAAAUUCUAAUAUUGUAUCAAUUUCUGAUACAUCGCGUUCUACUUCACCCAUUCGCAAUGUCCGGCCAGGCUCUGAUUAUGCUCAAAUAAGUGAACCGUUAUGGAGAUUUUUGCAUAGUAUAUAUGGAGGUGGUCCAGAAAUUAUAUUAAAAAGCUCGCCAGUUGAACAAACAAAAAAUAUUGAUUGUGAUAAAUUCGUUAUAAAAAACAGCAAAGAAACUGUGGAUAAUUCAGACACUGAGAGUAAUGUAGAACAAAAUCUUCAGGAAGAAAUUGACAGAACAUCAAAUGAAAUAUACGAGACAAUUAAUGAUGUAGAAAUGAAAACUUCCAAAGAUUUGUCAACACAAGCACCAACUAUUAGCAAAAACGAUUUAACUAGCAAUUAUAAGAAAAUUUCUCGGAAAUCUAAAAUGCAAAAUUGCAAUUUAUUUGGCACUCCUGGGAACUAUGUUAUACAGGAUGAAUUUAAUAAAGUGGAAAAUAAAAAGAAUGAGGAUGAUAGCUUAUUAUCCUUUCAAGAUCAAUCAUUCUCACCGGAAGUUAAAAAAACAGUAUCUUAUUCAAAUAGCAGUGGUAACUUACGAAAUCGUCGCAAAAAAUUUAGACCCAAAGAUAAAGUAAUGUUACAAAAGUUUACAAGUUUGUUGGAUGAUGUCAAUUCUACUGAAGCGGAUGCUUAAAAUGAAAUAUUGUUUUUACAAAUUUCAUGCGUGUUUUUGAAGAUAUCUUUCAUUUUUAAUUAUUUAUUA